CAAAGCAUGUAAAAGAUUAUUCUCGUCAGGAACGGAAGUUUUCCAGUAUAAAUUUUCAAUUUGUUCGCUCACUUUGAUCGUAAAUAAUAGUUCAAUUAUUCGUACGAUUGCAUAUUAGUUGCACUGAUUCAUUGGUAAUGAUUCUGAAGAGAAGUGAAUAAAGAUGAAUGCAGCAAACCAAACAAUCAUCGCUGACAUUCAGUCGCUAACGGGGGACGAACUGGCCGAACAGUACCGCCACUUGGCCGAUGCCUACCGAUCGUUGAAACGAUCCCACGAAGAGGAACUGCAGACGAGUCAUGAGCUGAAACGGAACUACCAAACGGCUUCCGAAUCGGUUGCCUACAUGAGUGCCGAGUUGGAAUCGAUUGAUUCCGUCCACAAGGAAGAAUUGGCUAAACUGAAGGAAAAGUAUGUUUUGACGCUGAUGAGUCUGAAAGAUUCGAAUGCGGAUUUCAAGCAGCACAAUUUGUCCCUAGAAACCACGGUUGAUGAUUUACAGAAGCAAAUUGUACAGCUGAAAGAGAAACUCGAAGAAUUGGAACAGUCAUCCGGCAAAUCCGAAUCGGUAACGGGAAAUGUAUCACUCACUUCCGAAAAGGAAGCCUUCCUGGAGAGAGAAAACGAAGAACUGAAGCUGAUGAUCGCCGAAUUGCAGGAGAAAAUUGAUACGCUGACGUUGCAGUUGGUCAAUUCGGAAAGCAAAGUGGAAAAUCUGGAGGAAAAGGUCGACUGUGUCGAAGAUAAUCUCAGCUCGAAACGGCAAGAAUUGGAGGAACUGCAAGUGCUACUGGAUUCCACUCAGGAAGAGAAUAUGCGCUUGAAUUCGGAAAUCGCUGCCCUGCGGAGUGCUCCUCAGGAUGCCAACCAGAAAGGCAAUUCACUGUUUGCGGAGGUGGAUGAUCAGCGGCAAAAGAUGAUUGAAAUGCUGCAGUCGCAGCGGAAACGCUUCAAUGAGAUGAAAAAACUGUACGGCGAGAGUCAGUUCCAGAUGCGGAGGCUUACACGGGAGAACGAGGAGCUUUGCAACGAAAUUAAGACGUGCAGUGAGUUGUUUACGAAGGCGGACAACGGCUUUCGGGAUGAAACAAGCCGGCAAAUUAGUGCCCUGGGAAAGGAGGUCGGCCAGUUGCGGGAACAGUUGUCGACGACGGAAAGGAGGUUGCUGGAAACGGCUAGCGAUACAAAGUGGGUUGAGCCUUUUGUGUCGUUUUACAGACACGAAUGUAGCGACUUGAAGACGAAACUUUUCCAGUCGCAAAUGGCCAAACGGCUGGUGGACGAAAUAUGCUGGGAAGCACAGCGGGACCUAGCCAAGUGGCGUUUUGAGGCACUGAAGUCACGCUUCAUCAUUAUCAAUCGGGAGUCUCUACUGGAGGAACAUGGAAUCAAUUUCGCGCCACUGGACGCCUUGGCAGUGGGAAUCCACAUUGACGAAGCGACCAUGGUUAAGGCUAAACCACACUUGGACUUUACAGCCGGAAUAGUCAAUGUCAAGACUGUCACCGGUGUAGGCAGCGAGUUGGAUCCAGUGACCGACCUGGAACACGAUCUAACUGUACUUUCGAUUGAGGUACCAAAUGAUGAAUCGCACUUGUUACCACCUCCGCUGCCACCUGCUUCGCUGGCUAAAUCCACAAAAAUCGAAACAAUCACACCGCUAGCAACUCCCCUGGUAACACCAAACCAGUCUCCACGGUCGAUCAAGAAGGAGCUUAAACCUCCAACCAGCUCCCUGCCGUACCGGGACAUUGUCUUCAUACCGAAGGAUGCCCCACUCACGGACAGUCUGAAGAAGAAGCAAUUUGCUGAAAUGCUUGUAAAGACCGUGAAAGCAGAGGAAGGCGCCAAACUGGCUACCAACAAAGUCCUAAACGAUGACGAAGAGAAAGAGAAUAUCGAGCUGGGAGCCAGAGAUGUACAACAGCAGCAGCAACAACAGCAGCAGCAAUCAUCGGAAUCUAAAUCCUGGGGAUGGAUUUCGGAGAAACGAACCAAGCAUAACAUCGUGGUCAGGAAGUUUAAAUUUCCGGAGCGGAAGGUCCCCCUUUCCGAACAAAAGUAGUGAAUGGAAGGUAAGAAUGCUUUGUAGAACUUACUUGAUUA